AUGGAUAGAAAAUCUGCUAGAAUAAAAGCAGAGUUGCAAAGAUAUGGUUGGAGAGUUUCGAAGAAGUUUAAAUAUAGGAAGGGAAGACCCAUAAAAGUCUAUGACAAAUUGUCUGGUCUUCGCUACGAAAUGGAUUUGGAAACAGCACGUGCCAAUUAUCCAAACAGACUAGAGAGGUUAGAAGAAGAACGUCUUAUGAACAUGCCUUUCGAUGUUAGUGAACCUCAAGUUGAAGGACACGACGGCUUUGCCAGAUUCUACUGGAAACAUGACGAACAAUUGCAUCCUUUGAGAAGGAAAAAAGGUAGUGCAGAGGAUGGUCAUGCUCCCAUGGAAAGAACAAAAUAUGCAUAUGAAAAGUACCGUGAAGUUAGAAGUCAAAUUACAUCUGGUCGAACCUUUACAGUAAACUUUGACGAAGGAAAGAACAAAGAAGGCUUCAUGGGAGUACUUGCUGCCAUACAAGACGGAAAUAAGAAAGGACACAAUCUCAGAUUGACCAUAACAGAUUUGGAUGGUCACAUUUACUAUGCACAUGGCAAUGUCACAACAGCCGCACAACUUCUUGACGCUUUCAAGACUACAAAGAGAGAACAAAUGGUUGACUCCGACUCAGACAUUUUGAAUGCAAUUGAAGGAAUUGCAAGUGUCAAGUUCGAAUGGUACCAACCUAACCGUCAAGCAGUCAGACAACAUGCUGGAUACUUCCCGUUCAUAAAUAAGUCUGACAUUGACUUGACAAGGUAUGGAAUUUACAAUUCAAUUGAAACAAUUGUCAAUGAACCUUGUAUUCUUACAUGUCUCAGGAACUCUGGUCUUGUUACAGAUGAGAAGAUGAAGUAUCUUGAGUCAUGUGUGAAGACAAGGUACAUUCUCAGAGGUCAAUUGGCAAAAAUUGCACCGUUGGCAAAUGUCAAUAUCCGAGUCAACAUACCUACAGCUAAAGGUUCUUCAC